CUCUAACUUUCUUCGGACCGCUUUGGGUUGUAUAAAAGAACGGACGUUCAGACCGGAUCGUCACAUCAACUUCCACAACUCGUGAAUUCAGAUUUGCAUUGCAAACUUCCACAUCUUAUUAUUCCAGCGCCCAGAAAUGACUGCUAACUUCAAAAUUAUGUUGCUGAUCGUUGCUAUGAUGUUCGUGGCUGUGACUGUGGCUAAGAAAGUCAAGUUGUAUUACGGCUACGGAGGUUACGGGGGUUAUGGUUACGGGGGCUAUGGCUAUGGAGGCUAUGGAGGCUAUGGCUACCCAGCUUACGGAGGCUACGGUAGUUAUGAAAAGGCAUAUGGGGACUAUGGUUACGAAGGUUACGAUAAGGGAUACGCCGGGCACGGCUAUUGAGAAUCUGAAUCCGAUCCAAAGAUGGAAUUUUGAAUUAUUUAACUUUGUCGUUCUGUGUUCACUACAGACUAUAUUAUGUAUUUAUGCAAUGUACCCAAAGCCUAUGUGCCUUUAUGUAUAGCACACAAUGGUCAGCGAUGGUCAGUAUAUAGCGGCAUACAUCGUUUUAAUAAAUACUAAAUACCAAAUAAACAUGGCAAAAGAA